AUGGACGCCAACACAAUGGUCUGCGCCGUGUGUCAAAGCUCCAUCUCGUCCAUGGACUUUGCCAACGACAACAUGGGGAAGGAAGCACCCCACCACCCAAGCUUAGAGAGCCUGAGAAGAUCCAUGGAAGCCGGAUGCCACAUUUGCACCACGUUUUGGGCUUUGCACUCGGCCAAGCUGAGGAAACCAUCCGACGAUGCUGAUAUCGAGUGGGAUUCAGAAUUCCAGUCCAAAGAGCUCUCCCGCCGUACAGAUUCUGAAAGCACCCUCUCAAUCGCGAAACAAUGGAUAGAUCGAUGCUUUAAGGAGCACAAGAGAUGCAACCACCCAUUACAACAAGAUGCAGCGCGCUUCCCAACUCGGCUCCUAGACUGUGGGCAUCCCGACGACUCAGCAGCACGUGUGCGCUUGGUUAUAUCCACUGAACAAACCGUUCAAGGGCCAUUCAUGACCCUCAGCCAUUGCUGGGGCUCUGCAGAUUGUCUUGUUCUCACUACCGACAAUAUCGACGCAUUCCGACGAGAAAUACCCGCAGAGCAGCUUCCCCAGCUCUACCGAGAUGCCAUAUCCACCACCAGACGACUAGGGGUCAGAUACUUGUGGAUUGACUCCCUGUGCAUCAUCCAAAGAGGAGACGACAAAGCGGAUUGGCUGGUCGAGUCGACGCUCAUGGACCAGGUCUAUUCCAACUCGUACUGCAACAUCGCCGCCGUCGACGCUCCCGACGCAAACAAUUCACUCUUCACUACUCGCAACACCAAAGCCUUCACCCCACAAAUCGUCCAGGGAACUUAUGACGGUUCUGUAGGGGAAUACAAAGUCUCUGCAUUUCAAGGAUUCAUGCAACACCUAAAUGAUUCGGCAAUCAACAGCAGAGGCUGGGUCUUCCAAGAACGAACUCUGUCCUCUCGGGUGCUGUACUUUGGGCAAUGGCAGGUUGCAUGGGAAUGCUGCAGCAGACAAACCACAGAGGGGUUUGAGAGUUUCGACAAUCACGAAGCCUACAGCAACGUGGUAACUUUCCAUCUAAUGGAGCCCCACAACGCCGGGUACCGCUUGAGCUGGUGGAAUUUUGUCGACAAGUACUCAACGUGCGCCCUGACAUUCCCUCAAGACAAGCUCCUGGCCAUGUCUGCCAUUGCGAAACGAAUCAGGGCAUUCACCGGCGACGAGUAUGUUGCAGGUCUGUGGCGGAGCACACUGGAGCAAGACUUGAUGUGGAGAACAGUGAGAGAGAGCAAGGCGCCAGAGACGUUCACAUCGUCCGCGAAGAGGGAAGAAGACGGUGCCCGUUCUAGCUACAUAGCGCCUUCGUGGUCUUGGGCAGGUCCCGGAAAAGGUACUUCGCGUGUCGUUCGUCAUCGGUACAUAGACUUGGAUUCGACGGAGGCAUUGUGCAAAGUGCAUGAUUUCCACCUCGACUAUGUCACGAGCGACACGACGGGCCUGCUCAAGAGCGGCUAUUUGCGACUUUGGGGGCAGCUCAGACGAGUCGAAUUGCUGCGGGAGGGGCCCUUUUCGGAAGACAACUGGAUGAAGGUAUAUAAGUGGAAGAUAUAUAUCGGCGGCGAGCUCAUCGAAACCAUGUCCCCGAUCAAAGUUCAUCUGGACUCACCCACAACGACCGCAUUCGACAGCCAGGACACUGCUACGACACGAUAUCAUCUUCCUACGUUCAAGAGUACCUCACCUUGGACGCUUUGGAUGCUACUAUUAGAGGUGCAUGACUCCCAAAAAGGGGUGUAUCGUCGCAUUGGAACCAUGUAA